UUAUAUAAAAGACCCCUAUUUUAAUGUUUGCCUUGGGCCCUGAAAAACUCAGGGCCGGCCCUGGUCACAACCCUACUAACAGGGGCCUAACCAAUGAGAAUGAUGUAGGUGCAUUACGUGGUAUUGGCUUGAACCAAACAUAUUUUUCCUCAUCCUUAUAUUGGAGAUCUUUUAAAAUAUGAAUUGCAACUUUUAUUUGCUCAUUUGUUUGUUCAAAUUUUUGUUUUUUUAAAUAUUUUUUAUAUGAGAAUUCAUGAUAUGAUUAUCAAUACAUGAUUUCUAUUAGAUUUGUAGAUGGGUCGAGCUAAACAAAGAAUGAAACUCAUAAGAAACGAAAAGGCUCGCUAUGCAACCUAUCAAAAGAGAAAGAAGGGCUUAAAGAAGAAGACUUGUGAACUACAAACUCUAUGUGAUGUCCAAGUCUGCCUGAUCAUCUAUGGGCCUAAGUUAGAUGAUAAUUCCACAGAGGUAGAAAUCUGGCCCCAAAAUCCCAAUGAUAUUCAACGCUUGAUUGACACCUAUAGAAACCAAUCUAUUAAAGAUCGUCAUAGGAGGACGCUUGAUUUAUCGAACUUUUUUGAGAACCGAAACCAAGAGAUUGAAGACGCGCUAGUCAAACUACGUAAGAAGAAUGACAAGGCUUUGUAUUCUACGUGGGAUGAUCGUUACAAUGACUUGCCGGAGGGGCAGUUGAGAGCCUUUGAAGGUAUGUUGGAGGGUAAGCUUGCAGAUGUGAAGGCCAGGGUUGAAUUCAUGAAGGGAACUCGAGCAUUGGCAAGUCUUAAUGAUAUGGAACAAACAACUCAACAAAACCAUUCAAAUUAUUUCAUGCAAGGUCCAAUGAUGAUGCCAAUGAACAACAUUAAUGACACUCAUUACACUCAACUUGGCGAGUCUGUUUUAACAAGAGUCUCGUGCACUGAGUCGUCCUUUUCAAUGUCUAGGAUGAUGGAGAACGAGGUUGGUAAAAAUCAUCAUCCUUCACCCUCUAUGGCUUACUAUGGCGGUUCAAGCAUGCAGACAAUGUCACCAUAUAUGUAGUACCUGAAGAUGGCAAGUGGUCCUUCUCAAGUUCAUGCAUGGCAGAUGGAGGAGUACUAUAAAGCCAAUGAGUUUCAAAUGAAGAACGAGAAGUGAAUUCAAUUCAGGUUUAAGUUAUGGAUUCUAAUGGUACAUUUGGUAGUAGAAACUGAUUAAUUAGUGUGGAAAGGGAAGUACCCAAUUUUACUUUAUUUUAUUUUAUUUUUAAAUUUAAUGUUUUAAUAGCUUAGGUCUCCUUAAGUUUAAUUAAUGACUAUUUAUAUGCACUCAUUAACCUUUUAAGUAGGGUUCUAAAUUCUAAUUGGUGAAGUAGCAUUUAUAUAUAAUUAAACUAAAUUGCAUACACGUA